GCACCCCAGCGCCCCCAGACGCAGGUCCCAGCCCCCCUUCUCUGCCGCAUCCUCUCCACACCAACUGAGCCAGUGUUGCAUUUUUUUUUAACACCUCAGGUGCCGCCACCUCCUGGGAAAUGGUGGGGGUGCCUUUGGGGGGAUCCUGGGAAGGCUGUCUCCCCCGCAGUAUCAUAGAGGCGCGUCUUCUGAGAGCGCCCCACCCCCAUAGCGGGCCUUCCCACGGGUCUGGAGCGCCCUGGCUGUGGCAGAAGCCUGGGAGCCGGGCUGGGCCUGCCGACCUUGGCAGAGCAGUCCCCUCUGUCUCCCUGGCUGGCCAGUGGGCAGUUCCGACCCAAACAUCCACCCUGGCGGCUAGGCCUGUGGGCUCCCACUGGCCCCUCCUUAUUCCUGGGCCUCUGAUAAAAUAGGGUGCUCCCACCCCAGACCUGAUGUAAAGAGUGCUGUAGCUGGUCUGACAGGAUUUCUUGCCCCCUGGAGACACUCUGGCCUCUGUUCAGGUACCAGGUGACAAGACCUGACCUGUCCGGAGCCGGGGCAGCUCCCCAGUUUGCCUUGCCUAGAGCCACGAGUUACCUGAAACAACUUUCACAAGUUCCGGAGAGAUGGCCGGUCCCAGCGUGGGACAUGGUGGGUUCAGCCAGGGGGAAGACAGGGCGGACCCAUGUGGACCUGGCCUGGUCUGGCCCUUCACCCGGGGACACCCCCACAGAACUGGCCGGGGUCAACCGUGUUUGCUAAGCAGUGAGCGAGCCUUCCCACUACGCGGCCGGGACUGCUCUGGUGCGAGUUCCCCAAGUUAGGGGUGAUCUGAGCUGCCACCUGUGCUUCAGGACCUUUGUCUUGCGUUCCCUAAGCCGCCCCAGAGCAAAGUGUCGAGUUUGGGUUUCAGUCCUGCCUUGUGUCCUCUGUGUUGUCACUCCCCAGCCUGUUUCCCACCUGUCACAGGGGCAUGGUCACCGCCUGGCGCUCCCACCCCCGUGGGAGGGGCCACUCAGCACCUUGUUAGCACUCAGUGCCGCCCUGUCAGCGUGGCUGCGGUGACCGUAGUAACCGUGAUGGAUUCUGUCCUGGCUGUUCCAGACCCCCCUUUCGUGCAGCAACGGCUGCCUCUACCUCUGCUUCUAGGAAGGAAAGCCUUUCACAGCCCCCCUGAGCCCCAGGGACGAGGUCACUUGCUAAUCCUGGGCUUAUCCUUAGCCUUUGGGGUCAAGGCCAGUGCCCCUGUCUUCCUGGGCUAUGUCAGGCCCUGGGCAGUGCCUGCUCUGGCCUCUGGCCACCACCUUGUCCUUGUCCCUUGGGCCACACGCGUCACCCACGUGCCCACGAUUUGCCCUCCAGCUCCACCUGGCUGAGCCUGGCCGCAUCCUCUAGAUCUGGCUUGUGGAGACCGAGACGAGCUCUCUGGUCCCCAUCCUCCCCUGCUCGCUGUCUUGGCUGGUGGUCUUGUUCCCUCUCCACCCUGCUGCUCAGUCACUUGAAAUAAAACAGAGUAGCCUGUCCCCAGCGAGGACUGUAACCCGACCCGAGUUGGACUCUGCUCCAUCAGAGCCUCAAGUAAAAGGACUCAGCGCUUGGGAGCUGGGACUUCUUCACUGCCCCAGCUUACUGGGCGACCCUAGGCGGGGCACUCUCCCAUCUAUAAAAUGUGGUUCAGAUGGUUUGCAUGGCUGGGGUGCGAGACUGUUUACUCCGGUGAAGACAGACAGCUGGGGAUCCCAGGUGGGUAGCUGGCAAAUGAGGUUGACGUUACCCGAAGCAAAGCAGAGGGGUGUCAGGAAGGAACUCCACCAGUGAAUGGGAGUGGGGGCAGGGAGAACCAGCCAAGCCCCUAGCUGUAGUCCAGUCUCCUGUCCCAUUCUGAACCCCAGUUCCUUUCUGGAGGCCAAGGGAGCCGUGUGCCGCCCCACAGAGGUGAGAAAAGCCAAGGAGGCUGGCAGGGCCUGGGUAGCAGAAAGUGGCUUGGCCAGGAGGCCAGCGUGGGUCAGGCCAAGAGCAUCCCUCCCUGGGCUGCUCUGCCUCUGGCUCACCCACUUGCUGGCUCCCUGAAGCCUCUGCAUUGCAGCAGCAGGAGGCUGCAUGGCAGCCCUGCCUGCUGGGCCAGAGCAAGGGCCUGGGCAGGGGGUGUGUGACUGCCUGUGCCUACCCUCCCUCCUCUGCCCUUAAACCUAUGAGCCCUGCUUCCCUUUAGGGGCCAGCUGUUAUGGGGGUGACUGUCUCUCUGGGGCUGACUUGAGGCAGGGCUAGAGUGGAGGCGACCCCAGGCUUGGGGAUCAUGGAGUCCCUGGGUCCUCUCUGCAUCUCAGCUCCCUCCCUCCCUCCCUCCCUCUUCAGCCCCAUUCAGCGUCUUGCCUGCCCCUGGAGAAGCUGUUUUAAAGGCUUAGGGCUUUGCAGCCAAGAGAACAGACUUUGGAUCUCAGUGGCCUGGAUUCACAUCCCAGCUCUGUGACUGCCUGUGUGACCUGGGGCAGGUCACUUAACCUUUUUGUGCUUCAGUUUCUCAACUGUAAAAUGGGGACAAUGAUAGACCGACCUCGCGGGAGUCUUGUGAGGAUGGACUCGUGUUGCCACCUGGAGCGGCACCCGCAGCUUCUUCUGCCAGCUGCUGCUACUCCCCCCUCCCGGUUGGUGUGACAGUGUUGUCGUCAUCUCUGCUGCUUGGCUGAGCCCUCUCUGACAUAAACUUUGUUUUGCUUAAGCGAACCUUCCCGUGGGCACUGCCCAACUCCCUGUUGGCACUUGCUAUACUGGCAAGGACUUUAGCUUAACAGUGUGGAGCCCAGAUUCUGGAACCAGACCGUCCUGGAUUCAGGUCCCAGCCCUGCUACUCAGCAGCUGUGUGAUUUUGGGCAAGUUAUUAGCUCCUCUGGGCCUCAGUUUUCCAUCUGCUAAAUGGGGGUGACACUAAGCCAGCAUAUGGUGUGUAUAAAGGGCAGGGCUUUUAGGAAGGACUGUGCUAAAUAACUAAUUAUUGGGCGCUUGCUGUGUGCCAGGUAUGAAGUGAAGAGGUUGGAAGUCAGGUGCUAGGAUCCAAGUCCGGCUUGGGCCUUUGUGAAUGGAGUGAUACGGCCGUGCUUUUUGCCUCUCUGUGCCUCAUUUUCCUGAACUGUCUGGCCUCGCCCGGCAGACAAUGGCCUUGCCCCCGUGAGCUAGAGCCUGCCCCUCGGCACCUGCCCACCUCCAGCCUGCAGGAUGCGGCUGUGGAAGGCCGUGGUGGUGACGCUGGCCUUCAUGAGUGUGGACAUCGGUGUGACCACAGCCAUCUACGUCCUUAGCCACCGGGACCGCAGCCUGCUGGAGGACAUCCGCCACUUCAACGUCUUUGACUCGGUGCUGGACCUCUGGGCCGCCUGCCUGUACCGCAGCUGCCUGCUGCUGGGCGCCACCAUCGGCGUGGCCAAGAACAGUGCCCUGGGGCCCCGGCGGCUGCGGGCCUCGUGGACAGUCAUUGCCCUCGUGUGCCUCUUCGUGGGCAUCUACGCCAUGGUCAAGCUGCUGCUCUUCUCCGAGGUGCGCAAGCCAGUCCGGGACCCGUGGUUCUGGGCCCUCUUCGUGUGGACCUACAUCUCGCUCACCGCCUCCUUCCUGCUCUGGUGGCUGCUGUCCACCGUGCGGCCGGGCGCCAAGGCCCUUGAGCGGGGCACAGGUGCCGAGGCUGAGGCUUUCCCUGCCGAGGGCCAGCACCCACCCGAGCAGGCCUCGGGGGCCACACUGCAGAAGCUGCUGUCCUACACCAAGCCCGACGGGGCCUUCCUCGUGGCUGCCUCCUUCUUCCUCAUCGUGGCGGCUCUGGGGGAGACCUUCCUGCCCUACUACACCGGCCGGGCCAUCGACGGCAUCGUCAUCCAGAAGAGCAUGGAGCAGUUCAGCACGGCCGUCAUCGUCAUGUGUCUGCUGGCCAUCGGCAGCUCGUUUGCCGCAGGUAUUCGGGGCGGCAUUUUUACCCUCAUAUUUGCCAGACUGAACAUUCGCCUUCGAAACCGCCUCUUCCGCUCACUGGUGUCUCAGGAGACGAGCUUCUUCGACGAGAAUCGCACAGGGGACCUCAUCUCCCGCCUCACCUCGGACACCACCAUGGUCAGCGACCUGGUGUCCCAGAACAUCAACAUCUUCCUGCGGAACACCGUCAAGGUCACAGGCGUGGUGGUCUUCAUGUUCAGCCUCUCGUGGCAGCUCUCCCUGGUCACCUUCAUGGGCUUCCCCAUCAUCAUGAUGGUGUCCGACAUCUACGGCAAGUACUACAAGAGGCUCUCCAAAGAGGUGCAGAACGCCCUGGCCAGGGCCAGCAACACAGCCGAGGAGACCAUCAGCGCCAUGAAGACUGUCCGGAGCUUCGCCAACGAGGAGGAGGAGGCGGAGGUGUACUCGCGGAAGCUGCAGCAAGUGUACAAGCUGAACAGAAAGGAGGCGGCGGCCUACACCUACUACGUCUGGGGCAGUGGGCUCACACUGCUGGUGGUCCAGGUCAGCAUCCUCUACUACGGGGGCCACCUCGUCAUCUCAGGGCAGAUGACCAGCGGCAACCUCAUCUCCUUCAUCAUCUAUGAGUUUGUCCUGGGAGACUGCAUGGAGUCCGUGGGCUCUGUCUACAGCGGCCUGAUGCAAGGAGUGGGGGCUGCCGAGAAGGUGUUCGAGUUCAUUGACCGGCAGCCAACCAUGGUGCAUGAUGGGAACUUGGCUCCCGACAACCUGGAGGGCCGGGUGGACUUUGAGAAUGUGACCUUCACCUACCGCACUCGGCCCCACACCCAAGUCCUGCAGAAUGUCUCCUUCAGCCUGUCCCCAGGAAAGGUGACUGCACUCGUGGGGCCCUCAGGCAGUGGCAAGAGCUCUUGCGUCAACAUCCUGGAGAACUUCUACCCCCUGGAGGGGGGCCGCGUGCUGCUGGACGGGAAGCCCAUCAGCGCCUAUGACCACAAGUACUUGCACCGCGUGAUCUCCCUGGUGAGCCAGGAGCCGGUGCUGUUUGCCCGCUCCAUUACAGACAACAUUUCCUACGGCCUGCCUACUGUGCCCUUUGAGAUGGUGGUGGAGGCUGCACAGAAGGCCAACGCCCAUGGCUUCAUCAUGGAGCUCCAGGACGGCUACAAUACAGAGACGGGGGAGAAGGGCGCUCAGCUGUCGGGCGGCCAGAAGCAGCGGGUGGCCAUGGCGCGGGCUCUGGUGCGGAACCCACCUGUCCUCAUCCUGGAUGAAGCCACCAGCGCGCUGGAUGCAGAGAGCGAAUACCUGAUCCAGCAGGCCAUCCACGGCAACCUGCAGCGGCACACGGUGCUCAUCAUCGCGCACCGCCUGAGCACGGUGGAGCGGGCGCACCUCAUCGUGGUGCUGGACAAGGGCCGUGUGGUGCAGCAGGGCACCCACCAGCAACUGCUCGCCCAGGGCGGCCUCUACGCCAAGCUGGUGCAGCGGCAGAUGCUGGGGCUCGAGCCCACCUCGGACUACACAGCCUGCCACAAGGAGCCCUCCAGCAACGACGGUCACAGGGCCUGACCCUGCCCCUGCUCCCCUGGGGCGGAGCCCCCACCGGACAGAGGUGUCCCUGGGGACCGCCCUCCCCACUCCCGCUGCCCUCCGGCCCAGGCCAAGGCGCUGGAGGGCGACCUGCCAUGUCCCCCACGUCACUGCUUCCUGCAUCUUGCCCUGGUUCCUGCCCUGCUCCCCGGUCCCCACCCUGGGCUACCCCCUCCAGUCAGGGCAGCCGGGGCACGGGGGUCCCUCCGGUCUCCGAGGCUUUUUAAGCAAAGGUACCUUUUUAAACCAAGACCUUACCGAGUUUUUAACUGCUUGGUUUGAUGGGCCCCAGUGUGCUCCUAGAUUUCAAAAACAUUUUUCUAAUUGGGAGUAAUGGUGGGCAAGGUCAAGGAGACGUUCUAGACGCUUCCAUACCAGGAAUGAAUGCCCCUUCCUAAAGGCCUGGGGGAUGUUGGGGGAGAGAUAACCGCCUCUGUGCUUUGCUCACCCCCAAAGAAGGGACUCUCUCUGACCCAGAGGAGGCACAGGCUGGGGGUUUCCUGUCUCCCUGGUCCCAGCAACGUGAGUCAUCCCAGGGGCUGCGGGGACAGUGGAAGGCGUCUGUCUGCCCAUCGUCUGCUGCCCUGCAAAUCUAAGCUAGUCUCACUGUGAACCACUACGGACCUUAACUGGGAGUGUGGGGGACUGGCCAGGCCUGGCAAAGCCUCGGGGUGCCCCUCAUCCAAUGCCCAGCUCUAGGCCCCUGGUCCUGCCUCAUCCCCGCUCCCCUCCCCUGGCUGGCACCCUGACCCUGUACCCACCCCUGCCGCUCUGCUGUCCCACAUUUGGGAGACGCAUUCUCUUCCCUGUCAGGUGGAUGGGAUGGAGGCAAAUCCCCUGGUCUGACUUCGCGGGGAGUAUGAGAUGUUGGCAGAACCCCAUCAAUAAAGUGUACUACCUCUGACCCCUGACCUCUGACCU